AUGUCCCGAUCAGCCGCCGACGCCACGCGGUUCACGGCCACAGGGCCGUACGCCAGCUCGAAGACCGGCGCGUUCUCAGUGCCGGGAGCCGGAAAACCAAAGGGCAAGAAGAAUGCACCACCACAGCUCGGCCCGGAUGGACAACCAGAGACGCCUAAGGAGAAGGUGGAGAGACUGCGAGCGCAGGCUCGCGCUGCAAAGAAGGCACAGGCUGCGGGAAGCGGCGCGGAUCGAUGGAUUGAGUCUGGUCGGAGAUUUGCCAACAAAGCGCACAAGGGAAUGGUUUACUCGCUGAUUGCUGCGUCUGGUGUCUGUGGAGUCCUUACGAUUUAUUCGAUGGUUUCGCUUACAAUGUACAACCGGCGCCAGCGCACGCUCUGGAUUGAGAAGGAGCUCGAGACACUCAGGCAGGCUGAGCUGGCGAUUGCCAACGGCACUGCGACUACGGAGCAGCAGGAGCUUGUCAAGAAGGAGAAGAUCGGCGACAUUAUCAAGCAGAAGCGCGAGGAAGAUAAGGCACAGAGGCCGUGGGCCAAGGCGAAGCGGUUCCUCUUCGAGAAGCUGAAUAUGGAAGACAGCGGUGCUGCUGCACCGGCUUUGGCUGUUGAGGGUGCGGAGCAGCAGGGUAGUGUUACCGCGGCCGUGCAGGCUAAGCAGGCGUUGGAUGCCGCUUCGGCGAAGACCGGCGCUCCUUCGCCUGGUCAAUUGGAUGUUCUUGCCGAGAGUGCGGAGCAGGCCGCGAAGACAAAGACGAAGGGUUGGACUUCCUGGUUGACGGGGCGGUAG